AUGCAAAGACACUUGACAACUUUUUCACACUGCUUUCCAAUUUUAACCGUAUUGACUCAGCGGCGAUUGCAGACCAUUAGCUCUUGCGAUGAGAACGGUGUAAUCAACCAGGAGCAUGUGGAAGUUUCGAGUAGUUUUGAGCACAAAGGCGCAUAUCUUAGCGAUUCCCUUCACUUGUCCAUCGGUGCAAGUGGAUCACCCGGAUUCACCAGUUUAGAUUUAACCACGCAGAAUGAGAUUCCGAAAUUCUCAACCUCCAUUGAGCCUUACAAAAGCCAUGUCACUGCGUUCCAUCACUCAAUCGGUGAAAAAUACUCAACCAGUUCCCAUGAAGUGCGAAAAACAAAUGCAAUUAAUAAGAAGAACCCCUUCCAGACAGAUAAAUUCACCGUUAUGGACUUUUCUUCAAUCAAAGCUGAUAUGAAAAACAUUAGGCUCUACUUUAAGAAAAUUUUUCCAAGGCUUCAUUUGUGCAUUGAUCAUUCUGAGGGUGAAGAUGUGCAGGGCAAUAAAACGCACACUAUUAGCUUGUAUCUAAAGGAAGCCAUACCCGGGAGUACUCUUUCAGCGGAGGAGGCAUCAGCUCUCUUGAAGUUUAAGGGUGACUCCAUCGGUGUUGGGUAUUUUGGUACUUUGAAAAGGGCCCUACGGCAAGCCUGCUCAGUGGCGGGGCUCCCACUGCCACCUGAGGACUUCAACAAAGAUCAAAUGUCGUCCAAAUCUUUGCUUUCGUUGUAUCUUGGAAUUCUACGUACGACGUGCACUUUGUUGAAGAUUUCGUUGAACUAUGAUAUCCAAGAGGGCGAGGAGCGGGUGAAGAUAAUCAUUCAGGAUGGUAAGCACCAACUAGCCUCGACGCAUGCAAAUCGACAGUUCACGUUGAGUCUUCUUUUUGCGGCAGCUGAGGCAGCAGCAAUCAAGACGGAUGCUGUACGUGCCGCAAAGAUAGCACAGCACAUUGCGAACUCGCCACUCGUGGUAAUACUUCCGGAUCAACAUAUAAGGCUGAAACAAGUGCUGCGCCAUCUGUUGAACUAUCACUAUGGUAUCUCGGGGGACUAUAUCUUCUUCGAUACGCGAGUGCUAACAGGUUCCCUCUUCCAAUGUCAUGUGGUUGUAAAGCUCCCUGCACACCUCAUAGAUACUGGCCGCGAUACCGUGCAAAAUACUUCUAUGGAGUCUUCCGAACACAAGAUUGUGCUGGGUUCUUGUGUUGCCAACGGCAGGAAGCUGGUUGAACGCCUCGCCUGUGUAUUGAUCCUUGAGAAUCACUUCACUACAAUCUUUAGAGAGCAGCUUGCGUUUCACCCCAAAAUUAAGGAGUUAAUGGAACAAGCAAAGCAACUGCAGCACACCACUGCGGUCCCACACCUGACUCAUGGUUUAAGUAAGCUGCUAGAGUGGGCAUUGAAUCGUGAAGGCAAGCGGUUUGAAAUAGUCUUUAGUUGUCUACAACCCAACAAAACCUACAAUGAUAUUGGAGUGCACGCGCGGCUCAUGUGUUGGAGGACCUCUCUAAGAUUUUGGAAUGGGGAUGAUAGCGAGCUGGUCGCCGUCGCGUACGAUAUCAAGAAGAAGAGAAGCGAGCUGAAGGCUAUCGCAAGCGCGCUUGCCAGGCGCUUCAGAACGCUCUGUGCGCAAGGGAUCGCUUAUGCGCAGCUUGAUAACCUCAUUGAUGCUGAUGGCAACCCUAGUUCAUGUGAAGGCGUCGAUUUUAAGAUUAUACUAGCUUCAGAAGAUGAAGGCCUCAACAAGUUGCAGUGCGCCGAUCCAUUUCUGAGCCGAAUAAAGUCGCAACCAGUACAGGAUCUGAUUGCCGUCCCCUCUCAAUCGGAGCCAUCCCUGUUGUCGUUGUUCAGGCGUCUCAGCACGGCGUACGAACAGCACCUUGCUAAGGUGGACCUCACCAGUCCCUCGCCGGCUACCACGAGGUUUCAUGUACACGAGGUGGUGCAAUGGGAUGAGAAAAGGGCCCUCUGGAGGGCGUCUCUUUACGCAGCUGUGGACCCCCAAGCCCGCAGUGUAGAUACGACUGACACCGCCGAGAUCAAUGUAGUAGAAAGCACUUCUACAUCUUGUCGUACGCUUCUAUCUGUAUCCACAUCCCGUUUUCAAGUGCGCGCUCUUCUCCAGAUGUACUACGGUUGGCUCAAAAAAAUGACCGAAAGUCAAUGCUCUGAUGCUGAAGUGAUCUUUAUCGAGUCUAAAAUCGCACAGGAGACGGUCGACUCGAUAAUGGCACAUAUCAGAACCCUUCCAAGGGUGUUUGUGGAAGACAAAAUAAUAGAGCCCGUUUUAACGGCAGUCAGUAAGCUCUAUGGAGUAGGAGUGCAAAUACGUAUGAGCAAUCGCACCUUUGGCAACUUAGUCGAGUUAUGGGGUCGCGCAGGAGAGUCUGCCGGACUCAAAAAUGAGGAUAACGCUUUUCUUUUAGACACAACGGAGGAGGACCUAAAGCUUCCAAACGUUGUUGGGGCACAAGCUGACACUUGCAUACCUCUUGGUCAGGAAUGCUGUUCAUCGCUUACCAAUGCUAUCAUUCAAUGCUGCCAUAACGUGCAUGUGGAACAUAUCUUGCCAUGGUUUAGCCCCCUCACUAGGCUCCCGCUCUUUACAUCUCAGUUUGAACUUGUUGUGUGCGGACAGUCUAAGCUCGCUGAACUGGUAAACGUCGUAGCUACAGAGAUCGAGCUUGCGUCGAGUGAUGCACGUUGCGUCUCGAAGCUUAUGGUUCACUAUAAUAGAUUUUCCAAAAAUGCAUUUAAAGUCGACUUUUUGAUAGCAUCCAAAGAGAAAGAAGUUUUGAUGGAGACGGUUCAGGCCAGCAAUUUUAUAUCAGCCCUUCAGAUGCUUUGUCAAAACAUUAGUAAGGAGAUUGGUUCGCGGGUCGAGGUGGUCCAGACAGACAGCCUUGUGUUGAAGCAUGCACGAAUGGUGAUAGAAUUGCAGAGUCUGUGUGGGAAAGCUUUUGGUCUGCCUUUGAAGCUUGAUAAUACUUUGCUUAAUGGUGAGUGGCAUUGCCGUGUCGGUUUGGAGCUUGACUCACAGCAUAGAUAUUGCCUUGCCGUCGCGAGCGCCACUCGAAAGAAUGAGGCGGCAAUCAGGGCUGCUUCCGCAGCUCUGAGAAGGUACUUUGGCGCUAGUGAAGAAGGGAUCAAAACAUCUGACACUCUAGUUCCAAUACAUGGUAACUACCUCUAUGCAGUUGAUUAA